UAAAAAUGGACGCCGCAAACACGCACACGCUCGGUGGUGGUGGUGGUGGUGCUAUUGGCAGUGGAGUGCCAGGCGGGGCCACCGGUUCAAGUCCUCAGCAGUUCUGCCUUCGGUGGCACAACCAUCAGGCAAGCCUACUGAGCUCGCUGCCGGUGCUGCUCGAUCAGUCCCACCUGACGGACGUCACGCUGAUGGCGGAGGGCCAGAAGAUCAAGGCGCACCGGGUGGUGCUGAGCGCCUGCAGCACCUUCUUCUCGGAGCUGUUCCGCACGCUGGACGGCGCCCAGUACCCGGUGGUGGUGCUGCCGGGCGCGUCCUACCACGCCGUGGCCGCCCUCAUCACCUUCAUGUACUCGGGCGAGGUGAACGUGUACGAGGCGCAGAUCGCCGUUCUGCUGUCGCUGGCCGAAACUCUCGGCAUCAAGGGACUGGCCGACUUCAACGGUAACCCAAACAAAUCGACCACACCGUCGACGGAGGCCUCCUCAUCGCGGGACUCGGAUGUGCCGUCGCCUUACCACACGAUGAAGGUGUGCUCCCCGGACGAUAGCUUCUUCCCCCGAUCGGCCUACCCGUUCGGAGCGCCGAUGUUCCCGCAGGCCCUCAACCUGGCGACGAACACCGGCACCAACGGGUGCCCGACGCCGGCCCACGCCAACAGCCACCAGCAACCGCCCAGCAGUGGCCACGCCAGCGAGCCACACCCACCGAGUAACGGGAGUAACGCCAGGAGCUUGGUGAAUCACGUCACCGGCGGCCCGAAGCCGAGUGUCCCCACGUGCGAUCUGUUCGGACGCUUCGGGCACGCGGAACGAAACGAGCUGCUGUCGGCGGAAGCCAUGUGGAAGAUGAACGCCGAACUGAAUCACCUCGCCGAGGAUGCGCUGGCCAAGGAGAAACAGUUUCAGGCGCACCGAUCGAGCACACCGAUCCGCCUGCAGCACCACCACCAGCAGCAGCAGCUCGACGUCACGCCCGGUCGUUCGGUGCUCCAGGAGUUCGGACCGGCCGGAAGUGACGGCUCGAAAGACUGUAAGCUCGCCAACGGGCCCCUGCUGCUGGAGCAGGUGAAGCUGAAGGAGGAAGACAUGUCCGACACGUCCGCCCAACCGCUGGGCCAGUCCUACGGGUCCGUGCCGUCGACGCCGACGCCUCAAACGCCCGGCCUUGACGAGGCCGGGCGUGGUGGCCACUCGCACCCGCCGCCGGCCCGGAAGUCGCAGAGUGCCGCGGAAAACGCUGCCAGCAGCAAGAGGAAAAAGAUUGAGAAAAUCGCGGAAAGCCUACGGUCGCAGACGGGCUCCGCGCUGCUGCCGAUGCAGCUGUUCAGCAAGCCGCCCACGGUGACGCCGGUCAGCAGCACCACGAACCCGUACCUGGCGCACCACUUCCUCACCAACGAGAGCGCCUCGAAGACGCCGGAAAACUUUAGCCUCGAGUCCUCGCACCCGAACGCGGCCUCGAACACGAACACGCGGGGCUCGCCGGCCGCCACCACGCCGAUAGCGACGGCCUCGUCGCCCUCCACGCCCGGCUCGCUGCAUCCGCUGGCCCCGUCGCCCGGCACCGGUGGUUCCGCCUCAUCGCACAACGAGCAGCUCAUCAAAAGUCUCCACAUCGCGUCCCAGGCGCAGGUGGCCAACAGUCUCGCGUCCGUCACCCAGCAGCCACACCAGCAGCAGCAACAGCAACAGCAACAGCAGCGGCCACCUUCGUCCAAGCUGUACGCCAUGUGUGGCAUCUGCAACAAGCAGCUGAGCAAUCAGUACAACCUGCGCGUGCAUUUGGAGACACACCAGAACGUGAGGUACGCCUGCCAGGUGUGUUCGCACGUUUCGCGGAGUAAGGAUGCACUGCGGAAACACGUCUCGUACCGCCACCCGGGAACCCCCAGCCCGUGCGAUCCGGAAACGAAGCGCAAGCGCGCCAAGGCCAACUCCUACAGUCAGAUGGCCAAACAGGACGGAGCGCUGACCGAGCUGCAGCAACAGCAGCAGCAGCAAGCAAGCAACCUACUCGCCAACCUCACAUCCCAGGGCGGAGCCAUUCCGCUGCCGACGUUACUGCAGGCGGCCUCCCUGCAGUCGGCCAUCGCGGCCCAGCAGAAGUCGGCGGCCCUGCUCUUCAAUCAAACGGCGCUGGCAUCGGUGGCCACGGCCAACCCAUCGCCGGCCACCACAGCGGAACCGCUGGGAUCGGCAGCGAAGCGCACGCCGGCGAGCGACAAUUCCGGUGCGACGAAGGCAGAUGACCCCGAGCCCAAGCCGGAACCGGUGGACGAUGAGCCGGUUGAGCCGGUGGCGGGCGUGCAGAAAUCCGACAAAGACAUUUAAGGAGGGAACGGAACCUGGAAGAAGAACCAAAAGACCAAGCCCCAAACCGAACCGAAGCGCGGGACGGUUGUGGCCGCGGGCAGCGCGCGGGCUGGAAUUAUUUCACUGAAAAAGACAUUAGGUUAACGAGUAAACAUUAUGUUGUAACACUAGCUCCAAUUUGUUAGGGCGACGGGCGACGACGAACAGGACACCGAGACCCGCUCGGACACAUUUCGUGUAGGCCGCUUUUAUUUUUGCUCUCUUUGCGCCGAUUAGAAGCCAUUUUUUUUGUGUCCUGUGUAAUAUUUUGCUACCAUUUCGACGACUCAUUACGUUCGUUCCUUUACUUAAUCUUGUUCCCUAGCUGUGAUAGUAAGACAUUAUUUUGUAUAGACCCGCAGCGUCCGAGCAGGAGCGACGAACCACGAUCGGCCGCGCACAGACACAGCCCCUUCACAGUACAUUGCGUCCAGUUUGUUGCGAAACCGUACGAAACCUUGCUCACUCAAUCCUUCGGAAAUCCGGCCACCGUCGCCGCAGAUUGUGCCUUAAUGGGUCGGGGCGAAGCGAGCGCCUUUGGUUUCACUACUAAUAGUUACUACUACCUCACGAUACCCGCGACGACCCACUUGACCGACACGCACGCAUAGGUUUGACCAUAUUACGACGACAGUACACACCACACGCCUCAUCAGCUGCGCUGGUAGAGGUCACUCGCGCUGAACACUUGAAAAGACAUCUCCAUCCCUUGUGAGAGUAAAUUAUUUCCCUAGUUUUUUGUGUAUUUAGUUCUCAUAGUUUGUAGCAGUAUGAUUUUAAGCAAGUGAGCCCGCCCUGGGGGUCCUCGAAAAUCGUUUGUUUUACUUUCUUCUAGUCUUUGCCGUUGCCCUCCCUGUUCUUGGUUUUCUCUCGGUGGUUCGGGGCCCACCGGAAACGGUGGCGGCCCUAGGCGGCCUGGAGGGUGGACUGGUUGUUGUGGUAAACGGGGCAGAGAGUUUAUGAAACGAACCGGAAACUUAAGAAAAGACAAAACCUACACGUAUAAGCGAAUAACUAGCCUAAUCGAACCCAAGUUAUACCAACUUGUACUAUAGAAAUAUAGCGUUUCCUCGCCUCCCCCCCGGUGGAAGACAGGAAGCGAACUACUGUUAGACAAAUGUUUUAAUGUUACCACCACGAGCGUACGAAAGAUGUAAACACGAACCAGAGCGAGGCGGAGGAGACCGUUUGGUCCGUUUUUGGUUCUAUUCAACGAAA